AUGAUAACAUCUAAAUACGAAGAAAGGAUUGCUGAUAUUGAGCAUGUUUUAUUAAUCAAAAAUGAAUUAAUUUCUAUUGAAGAAGUAAAAAAUUUAUCAACAUAUGGCAUUAAUGAUCAAUUACGUCCACUUUGUUGGAGAAUUUUGUUAAAUUAUUUGCCAUUAAGAAGAUCAGAAUGGAAGGAUAAGUUAACAAAAUAUAGAAGUGAUUAUGAAAUGAUGGUAGAAAAUAUUUUUACCAAACCAGGAGAUUUUACUGGAGAUAACAGUGAUCAUCCAUUAGCAGAUGAUCCACAAUCUAAGUGGGAGUUGUAUUUCAAAGAUAAUGAAGUAUUAUUACAAAUUGAUAAAGAUGUACGUAGACUUCGUCCUGAAAUUGAUUUUUUUCAAAGAGAAACCCGUUUUCCUCAUAAAACAGCAGCUGCAAUGAAGUUGUCUCAGAGAAUCUCACAAAACUUUUUGACAUCAAAAUUAUUUGAAGUUAGUAAAUUAGACAUUCAGUUGAAUGGUAAUUUAGAUGUAAACAAUGAACCAGAAGAAGUUCAUUGGCAGGUUGUUGAACGUAUUUUAUUUGUUUAUUCAAAAAUAAAUUUGGGUGUAAAAUAUGUUCAGGGAAUGAAUGAAAUUUUAGGUCCUAUAUAUUUUGUUUUUGCUUCAGACCCUGAUUAUGAGUGGUCAAAGCAUGCCGAAGCUGAUGCAUUUUAUUGUUUUCAAAAUUUAAUGACUGAAAUUCAAGAUAAUUUUAUAAGAACUAUGGAUACAUCACACAUUGGAAUAGAAGCUAUGAUGGAAAAAUUUUACAAUCUAUUUGAACAAUAUGAUCCUCAAUUAUAUAAUGUUUUAGUUAAUGAUAGAAAUAUUAAACCACAAUACUAUGCUUUUAGAUGGUUGUCUUUACUGCUAUCUCAAGAAUUUUCACUUCCAGAUGUUAUUAUGUUAUGGGAUUGUUUAUUAGCAGAUAAAUCAAGGUUUGAAUUAUUAUAUUAUGUUUGUCUUGCUAUGCUAGAAGAAAAAAGAGAAGAACUACUUUUAGGUGAUUUUGGUGAAAAUAUGAGACUUUUACAGAAUUAUCCCAUUAAUGACAUAAUACAUAUUGUUUCAAUUGCUUAUGAAAUAAAAAAUGGUCAGCGUCUAAGAAAGAAUGAGUAUACAUCUCUAAAAUCCGUGACAUCUGAAAAAACAGCAAAUGCUAAGAUUGCCAUCAAUAAUGCCGUUAAAAAUAUUUUAACAAAAUUUAAACGUUAG